UGUAGGGUUUGAGUAGGUCUUCUGUUAGAAACAAAAAUGGCAGGGGUUGUGAAUAGGAAGAUAUCUGCAUCAUCAGCCAGGACUCACACCAGAGAAGCCAACCAAAAAACCACCGUUAAUAAAACCUCAGUCUCAGGGAUGUUGAGGAGAUCAGGGCUGUUAUUUUUUGUGGGGUUUCUGUCAUGGGCUUUAACGGCAACCCAAAUUCCUGCACCCAAGAUAUGCGGUUCUCCAAAAGGCCCUCCUGUUACAGCAGCAAGAAUAAAACUUAGUGAUGAAAGGCAUUUGGCCUACAAAGAACAUGGUGUGCCUAAAGAAAAAGCCAACUAUAAAAUUAUUUUCGUCCAUGGUUUUGAUUCUUGCAGACAUGAUGCUGUCAUUGCCCAAACACUCUCUCCGGAAAUUGUUAAAGAGUUAGGGAUCUACAUUGUCUCUUUUGACAGACCUGGUUAUGGGGAGAGUGAUCCUAAUCCAAAGAGAACAGUGAAGAGCAUGGCUUUGGAUAUAGAAGAGCUUGCGGAUAAGUUGGAACUAGGAUCAAAAUUCUAUGUAAUAGGUAUCUCAAUGGGUGGGCAGGUGCUUUGGAGUUGCCUCAAGUACAUUCCUCACAGGCUGGCAGGGGCUGGACUAUUAGCUCCAGUGGUUAACUACUGGUGGUCUGGUUUUCCUGGAAACCUAUCAAGUGAAGCCUACAACCAGCAGUUUCGGCAAGAUCAAUGGGCACUUCGUGUUGCUCACUACAUUCCCUGGCUUACCUACUGGUGGAACACUCAAAAAUUGUUCCCCUCUUCUAGUGUUGCAGGUCAUAGUACGGAUGCUCUUUCUCCCCAAGACCAAGAACUCGUGCCAAAGCUUAUUCGGAGAAUAAGCCAUAUGGCAGAGGUAAAACAACAAGGAGCAUUUGAGUCCAUCCAUCGCGACAUGAUUGUUGGAUUUGGGGACUGGGAGUUCAGUCCUAUGGAUCUGGAAAACCCAUUUCCAAACAAUGAAGGUUCAGUCCACUUGUGGCAUGGAGAUGAUGAUAGGAUUGUGCCUGUUACACUGCAACGAUACAUUGCCCAACAGCUACCAUGGAUUCACUAUCAUGAGAUUCCGGGAGCUGGGCACUUGUUCGCAUAUGCUGAUGGAAUGUGUGAUUCUAUCAUCAAGGCAAUUUUGACAGGGGAGUAGACUACUACAUAUGUAAUGAGCUAGCACAGGUCAGUUGGUCUGUGCAUUACAUUUUCUCCUUAGUGUGGACAUCUGAAAUUUUAUUAACUGUCGUAUAAGAAUACAGUUGAUACUAUAAAGGAAAUUUUUAGCCAUGGUGACCUUGACCCCAUUUUACCAAGGGCACAAGAAGAAUACAAGAACUUCGGGGCCUGUUUUCGAGGGGCACAAGUGCUGCUGUUGCUUAAUCCUGGUGAUGUUUCCCAAUAAAUUCUAAGAAGUUAAGAACACAAUAAUUUGUAUUAUUGCUUAAGUGACAUGUUUUGAUUAGUACUAAUAAAAGUGACGUUAGUGUAGGUUCAUGUAAAAGUAAUGUUGCUCAAAUCAUAAUUUGUUAUAUCAAGAUUUUUGAGUAAGAAUAUGAUAAUUGUAGUGUCCCUUGUAUUACUAGAUGUUUCCAAGUUCAAUGCAGAGAAAAGUGUUGGAUUUUAUAGUAUUGAUGUAUUGCUGUCUUUUAAGAUAUGCUUGAGAA